GAACUUAUAUCUAAAACAUAAACGACAGUCUGUGUGGCGAAUCUGCGAAUUGAGAGCCGCAGGUUAACAUUAGCUAUUUCAAUGACUUGUUUUUGUGGUUCAUAAAUGCUUUAUUUUUAUCUGAAGCAUGGCCAUCCCUAUAGCCAUCUUGGACUGUGAUCUCCUCCUUCAUGGUCGAGGCCACAAGACCCUUGACCGCUUUGACCUGGACUCAGUCUCAGACAAUUUCCUCCUCACACAAUUUGGCUUCCCCAGAGGCUUUAUCUUGUAUCUGGUGGAAUUACUCAGAGAGGGUCUAUGCAGGCGAACCCAGCGCUCCAGAGCCAUCAGUCCUGAGGUCCAGGUGCUGGCGGCACUGGGUUUCUACACAUCGGGUUCAUUCCAGACAUCUAUGGGGGAUACGAUCGGUAUCAGCCAGGCGUCAAUGUCGAGAUGUGUGUCCAAUGUGACGAGAGCCCUGGUGGAGAAAGCGCCUCAGUUCAUCACGUUCAACAGAGAUUUAUCCACCAUAGAGCAGUCCUUCCGGGAGUUUCAGAGGGUCGCAGGAUUUCCUGGAGUCCUGGGGGUGCUGGACUGUGUUCAGGUGGCCAUCAAAGCACCAAACAGCGAAGACUCAUCAUAUGUGAAUAAGAAAGGCUUUCACUCUGUGGCCUGUCAGCUGGUUUGUGAUGCCCGAGGACUGUUACUCAGCGCAGAAACGCACUGGGCAGGUGGACUCCAGGACACUGUUGUUCUAGAAAGAUCUGCUCUUUACAAAGAGCUGCAGGACACAGAGCAGGGCUGGCUGCUGGGUGACAGCCGUUAUCCUUUGAGGAAAUGGCUGAUGACACCGGUUGACUGCCCAGAAUGCCCUGCAGAGUUUCGAUACAAUCUGGCCCAUGCAGCUACACGUGAGAUCGUGGAUCGAACCUUCAGAGCCAUCCAAACCAGAUUCAGAUGUUUAGAUGGCACCAAAGGAUACUUACAGUACUCUCCAGAGAGGAGUUCAUCCAUCCUGCUGGCCUGCUGCGUUCUCCACAACGCCUCCUUGCAGUCUGGAUUAGACGCCUGGACUCUGGAAAGAACAGAGCCUCUCGAGCAGCCAAAGAGCCUCAACCAGAGACCCGAGGACCGCGACAGCCAGGCAGAGGAUCUUCGAAGGCAGCUCAUAUUCAAACACUUCAGCUGAAGCUGUGGGGGUUAAAGGGGACGAAAACUGGGACCAGU